AUGAGUGAUGGAAAUGAGAUAAAUAAUCAUUAUCCAGAUUUCUUGAAUAAAGACUUUGUUCAAGUUAGGCAAUUAGAUAAAGGAGCAUUUGGGAAAAUAUUUGUUGCACGAAGAAAAGAUGAUUCUAAAGUAUAUGUCUUGAAAAUGAUGUUUGGAAUGACAGACAAAGAUAUUGAAACAAUUAGAGAUGAAGUAAUUGUAUUAGCAUCAAUUAAUCAUAAAAAUGUUGUGAGAUAUUUAGAUGCAUGGAUUGAAACUAUGGGAAUUGAAGAGUAUAAUACUUAUUAUAAAAGUAUUGAAAGUGAUUCAGAAAGUAAUAGUGAAGAAUAUUUAAUUCAUAGCAAUAAAGAGGAUGAACAUUUACAAUCAUUUUCAAGUAGAUUAAAUGAAGUCUCUUCAAGAAAACCACAAGGAGAUUUUAAGAUUGGAAUAAUUCCAUUUAAUGACGAUGACGAUUUUGAUGAAGAUGACUUUCAAGAGCAACAAUGGGAUAUUGAAGAAGAUAGUGAUAAUAUUAAUAAUGAUAUUCAAUGGGGAUUUGAUGAAGAUUUCGAUAAAGAAAAUCCAAAUAGUAUCAAUGAAAUGAAUCAAAAAAGUAAAGGGUUUGGAAGUAAUGAAGAAGAAGGUGAUGACUAUGAAUAUAUUACUGUAAGUGAUAGUGAUGAAGAUUAUUCUCAAAUAUCUGAGCUUGAAACAAAUAAAGAAGAACCAAUUAAAUUAAGUGGAGAAAUUACAAACAAAGAAAUAGAAGAAAGAAAAAUUAAACAAAUUAGUAUUGAUAAAACCAAUGUACAAUUAAAUGAAACGUUAAGUGAACGAGUAAAAGUAGUGGUAAUUCAAAUGGAGUAUUGUAGUGGAAGUAAUUUAAGUAGGAUUAUCGAAUCACAAGAACUUCACUAUUCGAAGAAAAAUGCUAAUGAAAAAAUAAAUUUUUAUUUUAAACAAAUUAUUACAGGGAUUCAAUAUAUUCAUUCAAAAAAUAUUAUUCAUGGAGAUCUUAAACCUGCAAAUAUAUUUAGGGAUGGUGACAUAUUAAAAAUAGGUGAUUUUGGAUAUGCUUCAAUGGCAAAAAAUAGAAAUAAAUGUAAAUUUGUUGGAACACCAGGAUAUACUGCACCAGAAGUUUCAAGUGGAAAUUAUGAUACUUCAAUUGAUAUUUAUAGUCUUGGAAUAAUUCUUCUUGAGAUGUGUAUGAGUUGUGUUACAAGAUCAGAAUUUAUUCUUGGAAUUGAAUUAAUUAAAAAAAGGCAAAUUAAUGAAACGGUUAGUAAAUAUUUUCCUCAAUUAAGUCAAUUAAUUUUAAAUAUGACUGAGUUUGAUCCAAAAAAACGUCCAGAUGCAAAUCAAAUACUUGAAAAAAUUAGUGGAAUGGAAGAAACCCAAAGGAAAUUAGAAUAUAUUAAACCGUUACUACAAAAUCAUAGUUCAAUAUUCCAAAGUAUUGUUAAUAAAGCUACAUGUCAAAUUAAUAAUAAUUGUGUAUUUAGGGAACAAUAUAUUCAAUCAAUUAAAUUUGUUGAAGAUCAAACAAGAGAAAUUAAUAAAAAAAUUGGAGCUAUUAAUUGUUUCUUUUAUCCAAUUAUUCCUUUUAAAUGGAUUGCCGAUGAAACAGUAACAAGUCCAAUGAUGAAUAACUCAGAUAAUGAAUUACUUGUUAUUUUAAAUAAUUUUGUUGAUUUAAUGAAAGUGAUUAUGAUAAAUAGAAAGAAAAUAAGUACAACAAAUACACCAUUACAUAUUCAAAUUCCAUUAUAUGAAUUAGGAAGUAAUGACGUAAUCAAUUUUGCCUCAAUUAUGUUUAUUAAGCCAAGUAGUGAUGAAUCAAUUAUAUUUGAUAUGUGUGAUGUUUUACAAGAAGUUAAUGAAAUAAUGAAAAGGUGUUGCAAUAUAAAAUAUAAAAUAAUAAUUUCUAAUUCACAAAUCAAUGAUAUUAUUGUAAGACUACCAAAGAUAGAACAAAAUAAAUUAUUUAAUGGAGAAAAUACAAUGAAAAGUACAUUAAGAUCUUUAAAAUUAUUAAAGAAAAAUAAAAUAUUUUCAAAUGAUUCAUCAAUUCAAAUAGUUUUAGAUAAUUUUAUUCAACAAAUAAAAAUGUAUAAUGAAUUAUUUGAUGAUUGUAUAUUAUAUUAUAGUUCUAAUAUCCAUACGUUUAAUGAUCAAGACCCAUCUGUCAUUACAUUUGAAGUUAAUGUUAAUGAUAUUAAUGUUAUUACUGGUGGUUCUUUAAGAAGAAUUGGAGUUGAUUCAAGAGAAGCAAGUGUUGGAUAUUUAUUUAAUGUUUCAGUAAUGGCCAUGUGUUGUGAACCAUAUUUAGUUGAAGAGUAUAUAAAACAACAACAAAAAGAAAUGAUAAAAGUAAUAAUUGAAACACCAAAUAAUAUUUUAAAAGAAAUGAUUGGAUUAUAUUUUGAACGAAGUGGAUUUAAAGUUAUUGAUAAAAGUGAAUCUGAAAUAAAUGCAAAUCAAUUAGUAAAAGUUAAAGUAAAUGAACAAAAUUGUAUUGUCACAUUUGAUGAAAUAGAAUUUGGGUCUAUUCAAUUAUCAAUUCAAAUAUAUGAAAAAAAUAAGGUUUGUAUAGCUCGAGAUAACAUGAAUAUUCUUGAUGCUAUUGAAUUUUUAAAAACACUCCAACGUCAUAAAAUUGAUAAAAAUCAAAUUUCUUUUAGAAUUGCAGAAUUUGAUAAAGAGAUAAUCCAAGAAAAUAAAGAAAAAAUUAUUGUUAAAAAUAAAUUUAUUCCUGUUAUUCCUUUACAAACAAAUUAUAUUAAAAUGAUUAUGGAAAAUGGAAUUAGAACUACUUUAAAUGAAAUUCAAAAAGAUAAACAUUUCGAUAAAAUGACUUUUAAUAAAAUAACUGAAAAAGUUAAAAUGGUUAAUUCUUUUAUUACUUCAAUAGCUUUUACCAUUAGUUCUCCAAAAAUUAUUAUAUUUUAUUCUUCUAUUGAUGAAGAAUAUGUUACACUUGUAGUUCAUCCUUCAAACCCUCAAAAAUUAUAA